ACAACUAAAGAAAUAUGGUGACCCAAUUAUCCCGUUAGCCUUAGCUCAAUUAACCACAUUCCAUCUGUCCUCACAAUGUUCAUCCCAGUGAGAAACGAGUUCAAGGGCGUGGUAAAUGGUGUCGAUAUAUUUUUAAAAAGCUGAUAUCAGUACAAUGUAACAGAAAAUUCAGCAUGUUAGACAGCCCAGCUUUGCUCACUGGUGUGAAGAUAUGCCUAAUCUUUCUUAGCUAAGACGUUAGAGUAAGCGCCACAAGGGACCCAGCUGGGAGCUCUGCAGGAAGUUUAAAAAAAAAAAUCAUGCAGCUUUGCAAAACAUCUGAUGCUCAACCAUCUGUCUUCUGCAGUACAGGGGCUUAAGGUCUGGUUGGUUCCUUCUGACACCUCGGAAGGCGGAGUUACAGAGGAGAAGCAACAAGUUGUAGGACGUUAACUUAUCUAAGUCUCAGACGCUGGAGGCACCUGCAUUUCUAGUCACUUCAGUUCAGGCCAAAUUGUUAUCAACUCUAGUUUUUGAGGGACCGCCAGCCCGGGAUUCCUAUUUGGGUCACCUCUGUGCCUCCUUAUCUUAAGAGCACACUUGGGCGGGUCGGGGCGGGACGUGCUCGGUGAAGGGUGACUCGAACACCGGACAGUUUCGCUUCCAGAGGCUGACAAAACGCUCCUGCUCGGUAGUUACUUGUUAAAAGUUUGGGACACGCAGAUACUCUUCGCCCAUUCGGGAUCUCCCAUUGUGGGAAGGAGGCUCAGAGGUCCCGGCCACCGGGUGAAGGGAGAACGGGCACACAGCGCUGUCAUCGCCGGACAGCUGCGAGCCCCGACUUUCUCGCCAGGCUCUCCAGGACAUUCCGAGGCUCCACCCCUGGCAACGCCACGCUGACGUUCGCGCGUCGGAGGCCGCCAUAGGUGGGCGUCGGAGCCCAGGAGGACGUGUGGCGCGUGGACUACAUCAGGUCCAGCCCUGCGGGACCCCAGCAGGCGCUUCCGGGCAAGGUUCUGUGCACCUGUUUUCUCCUUCUACGCGAGUACCUUCCCCCUCCGGAAAGAAUGGGAUAUGCCUGUGUCCAAAGGACAAGAAGAUGCGAACCAGCAAGCCCAAGUUAACCAAAGCGCGGAAGUUGAGCCCAAACCAAGAGCGUGCCGGGCACCUUUAAGCUGUUUGUAAGCUCACGUGAUUCACCAAGUGCUGGCCCCAGCGGUCACGUGACGGCGCGCGCGCCCUCGCGCAGGGAGAGCCGGCGGUGCGCGCGCCUUCGCCGCUGCCUCCCACCCACCGCCUCGACGGGAGGGUGAGGCGCGGCGCAGUGAUCGGGCGGCCGGGGUCCUGUGCGCGUGCGCAGCGAACAGCUGUCACCUAGUGCGGAACAAGUCUUCCGAAUUUCCCAAAUCUCUCUGGGCCGGAGGCCACUGUCUUCUUCUUUUCCUCCUCCACCGGGUCGUGCUCUCGCCCCAACCCGGCGCCAGACACCGCCCUAGCCAUCAUGGAGGUGGCCGACGCGGAAAGUCCUCUGAACCCCAGCUGUAAGAUAAUGACCUUCAGACCCUCCUUGGAGGAGUUCCGGGAGUUCAACAAAUACCUCGCAUACAUGGAGUCUAAAGGAGCCCAUCGCGCGGGUCUUGCAAAGGUGAUUCCUCCUAAGGAGUGGAAGCCAAGACAGUGCUAUGAUGACAUUGAUAAUUUGCUCAUUCCAGCACCAAUUCAGCAGAUGGUCACAGGGCAGUCAGGACUGUUCACUCAGUACAACAUCCAGAAAAAAGCAAUGACUGUGAAGGAGUUCAGGCAGCUGGCCAACAGUGGCAAAUAUUGUACUCCAAGAUACUUGGAUUAUGAAGAUUUGGAGCGCAAGUACUGGAAGAACUUAACUUUUGUGGCACCCAUCUAUGGUGCAGAUAUUAACGGAAGCAUAUAUGAUGAGGGUGUGGAUGAAUGGAACAUAGCUCGCCUGAAUACAGUCUUGGAUGUGGUUGAAGAAGAGUGUGGCAUUUCUAUUGAGGGCGUAAAUACCCCGUAUCUGUAUUUUGGCAUGUGGAAGACCACGUUCGCAUGGCACACCGAGGACAUGGACCUCUAUAGCAUUAAUUAUCUCCACUUUGGAGAGCCCAAGUCUUGGUAUGCUAUACCUCCAGAGCAUGGAAAACGACUUGAAAGACUAGCUCAAGGUUUUUUCCCAAGCAGCUCCCAAGGGUGUGAUGCAUUUCUUCGCCACAAGAUGACUUUGAUUUCUCCAUCAGUAUUGAAGAAAUAUGGUAUUCCCUUCGACAAGAUAACCCAGGAGGCUGGAGAAUUCAUGAUCACUUUCCCAUAUGGCUACCAUGCUGGUUUUAAUCAUGGUUUCAACUGUGCAGAAUCUACAAAUUUUGCUACUGUCAGAUGGAUUGACUAUGGAAAAGUUGCCAAAUUGUGCACUUGCAGGAAAGACAUGGUGAAAAUUUCAAUGGAUAUCUUUGUGAGGAAAUUUCAGCCAGACAGGUAUCAGCUUUGGAAACAAGGAAAGGAUAUAUAUACCAUUGAUCACACGAAGCCUACUCCAGCAUCCACCCCUGAAGUAAAAGCAUGGCUGCAGAGAAGGAGGAAAGUAAGAAAAGCAUCCCGGAGACAUCCCGCUCUGACCACUGCUCCUCUUGUUGACAGCUUCCAGUGUGCUAGAUCUACCUCUAAAAGGCCUAAGGCUGAGGAGGAAGAGGAAGUGUCAGCUGAAGUCGAUGGGGCAGAGGUCCCUAACCCCGACUCAGGCACAGAUGACCUCAAGGUCAGUGAAAAGUCAGAAGCAGCAGCGAAGCUGAGGAACACAGAAGCACCUUCGGAAGAAGAGUCCUCUGCUAGCAGGAUGCAGGUGGAUCAGAAUUUAUCAGAUCAUAUCAAACUCUCAGGAAACAGCUGCUUAAGUACAUCUGUAACAGAAGACAUAAAAACUGAGGAUGACAAAGCUUAUGCAUAUAGAAGUGUACCUUCUAUACUCAGUGAGGCUGAUGAUUCCAUUCCAUUAUCUAGUGGUUAUGAGAAGCCCGAGAAAUCAGACCCACCCAAGCUUUCAUGGCCAAAGUCACCUCAGUCAUGCUCAUCAGUGUCAGAGAGUAAUGAUGUGUUAACAGAGGAAGAAGAGAGUGAUGUGGAGAGCCAUGGGAAUGGCCUUGAACCUGGGGAAAUCCCAGCGGUCCUCAGUGGAGAGAGAAAUGGCUUCAAAGUCCCCAGUGUAUGUGGCAAUAUCCAUUUUUACCAUAUUCAUUAUAUGAUAACAGAGGGAGAGAACAAAACCUCUAAGAGUUGGCGCCAUCCACUUAGCAGGCCUCCAGCAAGAUCCCCGAUGACUCUUGUGAAGCAGCAGGCACCAAGUGAUGAAGAAUUGCCUGAGGUUCUGUCCAUUGAGGAGGAAGUGGAAGAAACAGAGUCUUGGGCGAAACCUCUCAUCCACCUUUGGCAGACGAAGUCCCCUAACUUCGCAGCUGAACAAGAGUAUAAUGCAACAGUGGCCAGGAUGAAGCCACACUGUGCCAUCUGCACUCUGCUCAUGCCAUACCAUAAGCCAGAUAGCAGCAAUGAAGAAAAUGAUGCUAGAUGGGAGACAAAAUUAGAUGAAGUCAUUACGUUGGAAGGAAAGACUAAGCCCCUUAUACCAGAGAUGUGUUUUAUUUAUAGUGAAGAAAAUAUAGAAUAUUCUCCACCCAAUGCCUUCCUUGAAGAGGAUGGAACAAGUCUUCUGAUUUCCUGUGCAAAGUGCUGCGUACGGGUUCAUGCAAGUUGUUAUGGUAUUCCUUCUCAUGAGAUCUGUGAUGGAUGGCUGUGUGCCCGGUGCAAAAGAAAUGCGUGGACAGCAGAAUGCUGUCUCUGCAAUUUGAGAGGAGGUGCUCUUAAGCAAACGAAGAACAAUAAGUGGGCCCAUGUCAUGUGCGCCGUUGCGGUCCCAGAAGUUCGAUUCACUAAUGUCCCAGAAAGGACACAAAUAGAUGUAGGCAGAAUACCUUUACAGAGGUUAAAAUUGAAAUGCAUCUUCUGCAGACACCGGGUUAAGAGGGUCUCUGGAGCCUGCAUCCAGUGUUCCUACGGUCGCUGCCCGGCCUCCUUCCAUGUCACUUGUGCCCAUGCUGCUGGGGUACUGAUGGAGCCUGACGAUUGGCCUUAUGUGGUGAACAUUACAUGCUUUCGACAUAAGGUCAACCCCAAUGUGUUCACAGCACAGAGUAAGCACUCAAAAAAUGAAAGUUGUAUUGCUACUACUACUUCUACUGCUGCUGCUGCUGGCGCUACAAUCUUAUGUGAACUGGGCCACAAGCCCAAGGCUUGCGAGAAGGUCAUUUCCGUGGGACAGACGGUCAUCACGAAGCAUCGGAACACCCGGUAUUACAGUUGCAGAGUGAUGGCUGUGACGUCGCAGACCUUCUACGAGGUCAUGUUUGAUGAUGGCUCCUUCAGCAGAGACACAUUUCCUGAGGAUAUCGUGAGCCGAGACUGUCUGAAGCUGGGCCCACCUGCCGAGGGAGAAGUCGUCCAAGUCAAGUGGCCCGAUGGCAAACUCUAUGGAGCAAAAUAUUUUGGAUCAAACAUUGCCCACAUGUACCAGGUUGAGUUUGAAGAUGGAUCCCAGAUAGCAAUGAAGAGAGAGGACAUCUACACUUUAGAUGAAGAGUUACCCAAGAGAGUGAAAGCUCGAUUUUCCACAGCCUCUGACAUGCGAUUUGAAGACACAUUUUAUGGAGCAGACAUUAUCCAAGGGGAGAGAAAAAGACAAAGAGUGCUGAGCUCCAGGUUUAAGAACGAAUAUGUGGCCGACCCUGUGUACCGCACGUUUUUGAAGAGCUCUUUCCAGAAGAAGUGCCAGAAGAGACAGUAGUCUGCAUACAUCGCUGCAGGCCACAGAGCAGCUUGGGUAGGAAGAGAGAAGAUGAAGGGACGACCUUGGGGCUGUGCCAUGAGUUUUGCUGGCAUAGGUGACGGGGUGUGUCUCUGACAGUGGUAAAUCGGGUUUCCAGAGUUUGGUCACCAAAAAUACAAAAUACACAUUAUUAAUUGGAUGCAGCAAUCUGAAAUCAUCUCUAGUCUUGCUUUCACUUGUAAGCAAUUGUCUUCUAUGAUCCCAAAGAAUUUUUCUAAGUGAAAGGAAAUACUAGUGAAUCACCCACUAGGAAAAGCCACUGCCACAGAGGAGGCGGGUCCCCUUGUGCGGCUUAGGCCCCUGUCAGGAAACACAUGGGGACCUCUCUCUGCAGCUCCAGCAGGUGGCACCUCGGUACCCAGCAGGGAGGGCAAUAAUUUAUAUAUUUUCCACAGUCAGGGAAGGACUCUCACUUAUUUGUUUCAAAUUGCAGUUUUUAUAAAACAUUUUUAAAACACAAAUGGCAUGUAUGCUAAUGAGAUUUACCCGUGUGCUAUCUGUAUUUCCCUUGUACAGAACUUUUACAUUUUUGAAUAUUCCUAUUACUUUUGAUUGUGUCUGAUGGGAACUGAGUUGUUGGCCUUUGUGAAAUGGAACUUUGGCUCUUGAGAAAGAAUUCUUAUGAAUUGUAUGCGAAUUUUAUAUAUUUAAAGAGGGAGAUCUGGGGCUGUUAUUUUUAAACACUUUUUUUCAUAAUACAUAUUCUGAGUAGAUAUUUAUAAAAUAUAUGUUUCUUUCAUUAUGUGUUUGUAAAAUUAGAGUUUAAAUAAAUAUGCUUUGAUGCAUAGUUUUGAACUAAUGUAACAUGAUUUUUCUUUUUUAAAACAGCCUGAAAAUGUACUAGUGUUUAAAAAUAAAGAUUUCCAUUUUCUCCA